AGCUUUUAUUUUUUUCUUUCCCUUUCAUAUAAUUAUUUUUCUGCUUUCUUGGUAACAAAAUGAUUUUGUUUCACCUUUAUAGUCAACAAAACCAAAGAAAAAAAGUAGAAAAACAAUCCUCACAUAUGAUGAUGACCCUUCUCACUAACUAGUCAAGCUUUUGUUGUUAUUUUCCACUCUCUGUCUUCCUCUUCCUCUUCCUCAACCUCUACUUGUUUUUUCUUUACUCUCUUUGUGCUCCGACCAAGUCAAUAUUUAUAAUGAGUUACUUCCUCACUUCAUUAGCCACUGCUUAACUCCAAUCACUCAUAGAGCUGUAAGUUCAUCCUUACUAUAACCACAUUCACAUAGACACACACAUACAUAGAUAUAACAGCAAGGAUAUGACACUUGUUUCACUCACCUGGUACCUGAGAUAGUGAAAGAUGAGAUGAGGUGACCUCAUUGGACUUGGUUCAGUGAGACUCAUCAAUUAGAACCGAAAGAAAAGUACUUUCAUCACCGUCCAAACAUGGCUCAGCAGGAGGAAGGCUGGCCACUUGGUCUACAGCCACUUAAUGCAAGAGUUGGCUUAGCUAGAAAUCGAGAUUUUUCAGGAUCAAUAUCAUUCAACACCUUAAUUACUGGUUCUCCAACAUGUUCUACAGAUUCUUCCUCAGAUUUAGACACUGAGUCCACAGGUUCUUUUUUCCAUGACAAAAGUAUCACACUGGGGAGUCUUAUAGGAGUUAAUAGUAUUCUAGAGCUGUCCAGAAGAUCAAUCAGAGGAAGAAAAAGUGAACCUUCUAAAGAAAAUAAGUGCAGCAACACUAGGACCAGGAGGAUAUGGUGUUUUUCUCUAUGUUCAUCAAGUGACACUGGUGAUAUUGCUGAGAAUUCCAAUAAUGUUGCACCACCAUCUCUUGGCCAUUUUCUUGCUGUUGAGAGAAAAACGGCAAACGAAUGUAGGAGUUAUCAAAGCCCUGGUUUUUAUGGUCCAGACGAGCUUGCCAUGGCUCAGCCAACAGCUGAACCAAACACACUUUUCGUUAAUGGCUGCAUAGCUCCUCCUCGGUCAAGUCCAUGUUCAGGUACAGAAAUGAACAUGAGAAGAAACAGAGGACUAGAUCAUGGCUUGGGGUGUGGAUUUUCAUUCCUGUGUCCAUGCUUGUCUGGACAGCCUUCCCACUAAGACAUUGCCUUUCGUUUUUUUUGGCUUCAGUUUAGUGAUUGAAUUCCAUGUUUUAUGAUGAGAAUUUAGUGCACAUUCUGCGACUUAAGUGAAUUAUUUGGUGUGUUUUUGAUGGUCAGAUCAUAUCACAGUUCAUAAACAUUUGUUAUAGUAUGAUGAUUUUUUGGUAACCUGCAUGAGAAUUGAUCAUGUGUGCAUAUUCUAGUGGGUUUUGUAAGGCAUAAUGUGUGGAUUUAGUGUAAAAGAAUUUUGGAAUAUGA